AUGAUUCAACUAAAGACAUUACUAAAUUGCAUCGACAACUCCGGCGCCUCGGUGGUCGAAUGCGUGAAUGUCCUGAAGAAGAAGCGGCCAGCGACAAUCGGUGAUCGGAUAGUCGUCGUUGUUCAAAAACAACGAGCCGCGGGAUCCGAAUCGAGCACGACCACCGCGCUGGCGAAUAAGGUCCGGCGAGGCGAUAUUCGGCAUGCAGUCGUCGUGCGCGUGCGCAAGGAAUCCCAACGGCCUGACGGGAGUGUGGUUAAGUUUGGGGAUAAUGCUUGUGUGCUGGUGAAUAAGGCAGGCGAUCCCAUUGGGACGCGCAUGAACGGAAUCGUGGGUCAGGAACUGCGCGGCAAGCAGUGGUCGAAGAUCUUGUCGUUGGCGCCGAUGCAUGUGUAA